GAUAAUAAUUUUAGAAUGGCAGAAUUUUUGGCCGAAAAUAAUGCUUGUGGUCAAAAUUUAUUACACAUUGUUUCUGUAGGCAAUGCAAUAAUUGCGGAAACACUACGGCUAAAGGACUACAUUCCGGACAUUUAUCGAUUGGAAUCAAAGGCUGAUAUACAGAAGUAUUCAGAAAUAAUAUUGGAUUUUAGCUUUUUAAAGAUAGCCGAGGCACAAGAACAAAAAAUAGAAGAGAAUCCGGAGCUACAAGAUCUGGAUGAUGAAGUUCGCGAAAACUAUCUUGAUCUCUUAACCCGAUUUUAUUUGGCAUUUGAAAGUACUCAUCAGUAUGCAGUGGAUCUUAAGCAUUUUAUUGAUGAACUAAACCGUGGUUACUACAUCCAACAGACUCUUGAGUCCGUACUUCAAGAUGGCGAAGGAAAACAAUUGAUGUGUGAAGCCUUGUAUUUGUUUGGAACAAUGUUGUUGCUUCUGGAUUAUCAUAUACCAGGCGUUAUACGUGAACGCCUCUUAAUAUCAUACUAUCGUUAUAGUGGUGCAAAAGCACAAGGUGACAGCAACAUCGAUGAUGUGUGCAUGUUGUUACGUUCAACAGGUUUCGUUGUUGACACAGCACCAACAAAUUUCAACUCGAAGAAAACGACACCGUCGCAAUACCCGGUUUCAUAUUUUUCUCGCUUUAUUUUCGAUCAAAACUUUAUCGAUAUGGUUAUAGGACGUUUACGUUGCGACGACCUUUACAACCAGCUCGCCAUUUACCCGCAUCCCGAACAUCGCUCCACAGCACUUUCCACACAAGCAGCUAUGCUUUUUGUAUGUCUCUUCUUCACACCACAAACACUACAUUCACAAGUGUCGCAAAUGCGUGAAAUUGUUGACAAAUUCUACGCCGAUAAUUGGGUGGUAUCUAUAUACAUGGGUGUAACGGUUAAUUUGAUUGAUGCCUGGGAUGAAUUUAAGGCAGCAAAAGCUGCUUUGGCGCCAGUUGUAGAUACCGCAGUCAAGGGAUUAUGUUUGUUGCACAAGGAGAAAAUGAAAAAGACCUUAAAGCAAACACAGGAAAUUCUUCGAGCUGGUGUACUCUCUGAUGACUUCGUGCUGCAGAAUAUAACCAAAAUUAUACCUUUAAUGCGACAAUGCAAUGUGCUAUUACGCUGGUACUUCACGCAUACGUCAAAAGCGGUAUUAGUUCUAUCAAAAAGUAUACAAAAAACGCAACAGGUUGAGCAACUUGUCUGCAAUGAAUUAAAUUAUAACAAAGAACAAUUGUUAGAGCUUUUACUUGACUGUAGUCAAUUAGAGUUGGUCGUGAAGGAUAUAUUACGUAAUUUAAUCAACGCCAAAACAGAACGUUGGACACAAUUCAAACGUGAAGCGUUGGACCGUCUAAAUGAACUUAGUGAAGCAUUUGGUGGAUCGCGUCCUCUUUCAAAAAUUGAAAAUAAUUCACAGUUGAAAAUGUGGUUUAGCGAAAUAUCGAAAGAAGUUGAAAAACUCAAUGCAGAGAACGCUAAUAUCUCCGGACGCACAUUAAUUCAACUAAUACAAGCUCUAGAGGAGGUGGAAGAAUUUCAUAAUCUGCAAGCCAACAUGCAAGUAAAACAGUAUUUGUUAGAGACACGAGAGUUUUUACAUCGCAUGAUACAGAUUAUUAAUGUCAAAGAAGACAUACUCAUCAACAUUCAACUGAUAAGCGAUCUAAGUUAUGCUUGGCGUUUAUUGGAUCGAGACUUUACAACAAUAAUGCAAGAGAACAUAAAAAAGCAACCAAGACCUGUGAUCCGCUUGCGCGCUGCAUUCCUCAAGCUAGCAAGUGCUCUCGAGAUACCGUUAUUACGUAUUAAUCAAGAACGUAGUGAAGAUCUUGUAUCCGUCUCCAAUUACUACAGCACCGAGUUAGCGAAUUAUAUGCGUAAAGUGCUACAAAUCAUACCAGAAACUAUGUUCAGCAUAAUGUCCCGCAUUAUAACUCUUCAAACGGAGGUUUUGCGUGAAAUUCCCACACGCUUGGAGAAGGACAAACUGAAGGAGUAUGCCCAAUUUGAUGACCGUUACACAAUUGCAAAACUUACUCACAGCAUAGCCAUUUUCACUGAGGGCAUUCUCAUGAUGAAAAAGACGCUAGUUGGUGUGAUUGAGCUAGAUCCCAAGCAAUUACUUGAAGAUGGCAUACGCAAGGAACUAGUUCGACAUCUCGCAAACGCUUUAAAUGUAGGUUUGAUUUUCACAACAACGGGCAAAACGAAGCAACCACCGACAGCUGAAUUAGAAGCGAAGUUAUUGGCAUUGGCUAAGAUAAUGGAUGGAUACAAGCGUUCUUUUGAGUAUAUACAGGAUUAUCUAAAGAUACACGGUUUGAAGAUUUUACAAGAAGAACUCACGCGCAUUAUCAACUACAAUGUAGAGAAGGAAUGUAAUGCAUUUUUACGCAACAAAAUACAAGACUGGCAAUCACGUUACCAAAGUCAAACUAUACACAUACCGAGCUUUACGCCCCUACAGGGAGACAAUUCGAAGUCAAAUAAUUUCAUCGGUCGCUUGGCACACGAAAUACUCCAGUGUACAGAUCCUAAGCAAACAAUUUUUCUGGAACUCAAAGCAGCUUGGUAUGAGAAGCGUGCGCCACACAAAGAAGUGCUCAAUGCCGGCUUUUUCAGUAAAGUACGUGAGGCAAUUGGGCCUGCCGGCUUAGUUGGUCUUGAUCGUCUUUAUUCGUACAUGUUUGCAGCUGAGCUGAAGCGGAAUCUAGAAAAAAUGCAAAAGAAUUUGGCCAACGACAAUAUGUGGCUGGAAGCAUUGAAUAGUUUAAGUACUGAAUUGGAAUCGAAACACUUUCCUGGUGGAAAUGCGGCAAACCCACUGAAAUUCUAUUUCGGUUAUCACAAUCGUUGGUUGAAGGUGUGGCCAACUCUUUUGGAAUGGUUGCUACUGUUGGGCCACAAGCAAAUUCUUCGACAACAGUUGGCAUUCGAGUUGAACCGGAGCAGCAAAUGUAAUUCGAAAAAUUUAGAGUCGGCAUUGGAAACUUUUAAUAGAGCCUUACUCAAUGAACUGGAACAACCAGCAAUCUAUACGAAAUUCACCGAUUCAGAACGUGGCGGUCAAUUGCUAUACGAGUUUAAUGAAUACUUGGCAUUCACAGGCUCCUACGAACCACUCGAGCAAGUGUUCCUUACUACCAAAAGUACACAUCACGUGGCACUAUUUCUCUUCUUGUUUACCAUAGCGCACUUGCCACGCCUACAAUUUAUGUUGAAUACAAAUAGCUUGUUGGCGAAAAAUCCUAAGGAUGCCAUAGAUGGAACACCGCUGCUAGUAGGUAUAUUAACGGUUUUGCAACAAUUCCAUAAGGAGGUGAAAUUACUGUACUUGACUUAUUUGUGUCAAUAUGCAACUGUGAUAGUAGAAUCGAACAUAAGCGCAAAAAAUGAAAUAAGUGUGGAAGGCACAACGGCCUUGCAUUUUAUGGAAAUAUUCAUCCGGUUAGCCAAGCUGCCGCGAAGUGUUUUAUCCGAGCGUUGUCCUGAGAUUAUAUUAAAUCAAUUUGAAUAUUUAGCUAUGAGUAGUAAAAAUUAAAUAUUGUAUUAUAUAUUUUUAUAUGAAAAAAAAACACAUAUUAAGUUGCUUAUAUAAAACACAAACAGAAUAUAUAUUUUACUUAUAUUUCUUUUUUCGUAACAUAUGCUAUGCAAUUAAAAAGCUGGCAGACUUAAUUUAGUAAUUUAAUAUACAACAAUAUCUUAAAAAAUUUGGGCAAAAAAUAAUAAUAAUAGCUCGUGAGAU